AUGGCGGAACAGCCGGCCGUCAACGUGCAUCUACACGCCGCUCCGCACAACAACCUCCUUCACCUCCACCACCAUAUGACAGAUCCUAAUUCUGCUGCUCCACACAGUUACGAAUCAUCCCCGUUACACGCAGCUCCGUGUAACGACAGACUUCCAGGCGAUCAGUCGAUUUCGUGUAGACCUGCAGCUGCGCCUAAGACUGGCAAUGCUCACAAUCCGGUGAUGGCCGUCGGGGGAUUGGUGAUGGGGGGAACAGUGAUCGGGGGAGCGGAAGCGGGAGAGGGGAAGCGAUCGGUGCGGAAGGCGCAUGUGGACGGCAGCAGGUGGCUCAGGGGGAAGACUUACGAGGGGAAGAGAGUGGUUCCGCUGAGUUUCCGCGCGUCCAUGUUUCUCCUGUUCGCCGGGAUUAUGAUGGUUGCCGUCUCUUUCAAGUCAAUUCCUGCACUUAACAAGGGGAAGAUCGUGCCUGCGGGCGAAAUCGUGAACGGAAACGGCGGCGCGCAGCACGCCUUAUUCGCGAGCCGGAACCUAAGAGGUGGCCACGCCGCCGGAGUGUUUAUUGCGGGUUCCGGCGAUGAUAUUGGAUUGAUCGAGGAUCCAGCACACACGGCUGGAAUUGCGGAGAGUGCAAAUGAGAGGCGCCGUGUCACCAGGGUAAAUGGGGGUUCGCAAUUAAGUUCGGAAUUGGGUUCUGUAUUCGGUUCGGAAGUGGGUUCUGGCUCGGGUGAAGUGAAUGGCCUGUCGAGGAGGGGAUUUGGAGAUGGUCUGUUGAAGGCCGAAAGAAGAAGUGGUUUGGAAGAGGAGGGGAGGGGGAGCAGUGGCGGGGCAGGGAGCGGGGAUAGUGAUGGAGAGGACAAGUACAGGGGAGGGGGGAGUGAGGGGGAUGGUGCUGAGGAGGAGACGCGAGCGGGCCGGAGAGAGAGUGGAAGAGGUGGAGGUGGGGGAAGUGGUGAGGUACUGAGGACGUUUGGGAAUGAGGAGGAGGAGGAGGAAGAAGCAGUGGGAGUGGGGAAAAUAAGCAGGGUCCGAGCUACGCGGGAUAAUUCAGUUGGUGAGGAUGAGGAAGAGGGGGCGCACAGGGGAGUGAAGGAACGUGGAGAGGAGGAAAGACCAGGGGUGGGUGCAGGGAGGAAGCGGAAAGAUGAAGAGGAUGAAGGUGCGGAGGGUGAAGGGGAGGUGGAGGGGGGAAGGGGGUCUAGAAGAAAAAGGGGCCGUAUUACUGGCGAGGUGGCGGAAGAGGGGAAAGGGGACGUGGAGCAUGAGGAGCACGAGGGACAAGUGCAUGGGCGAGAGGAAGGGGAGGAGGAUGGUGAGCAGAGGGCAGCAGGAGAGGAGCAUGAGGAUGGAGCGAGGGAGCAUGACGAUGGGGCGAGGGAGCAUGACGACGGGGCGAGGGAGCAUGAGGAGGGGGCGAGGGAGCAUGAGGAGGAGGCGAGGGAGCAUGAGGAGGAGGGGAAGGAGCGUGGACAUAGAGGAAUGGAGGACCAGGAAUACGGGGAUGAGGAACGAGGGGGGCACGAGCAUCAUACAGACAAGGGUCGGCAUGCAGAGGGGGCGAGGGAGCAUGAGGAUGGGGCGAAGGAGCAUGAAGAGACGAAGGAGCAUGGGCAUAGAGGGAUGGAGGACCAGGAAUACGGGGACGAAGAACGAGGGGGGCACGAGCAUCAUACAGACGAGGGGAGGCAUGAAGAUGGGAAUGAAGAGAACAGAACCCCAUUCUCCUCCUCUUCCUCCUCCUCCUCGUCCUCGCUCACCUCCUCCCUAGUCUCCCCACUUUCCCCUCUCAAUGAUUACUCCCAGUCUUCCUCUUCGGUUCCUCUGCCCCCAUUCGGAUUCAACGCCUCUCUCUCCCACGCGCCCCCCAUACCCUUUAAAGAAAAAUUCCUUUGGAGAGCCCCCAAGAGUCAAAAAUAUGCGCAGUGCAUUGCGCGCUCCCGCACCCAUAAAGUGCCUGUCAAGGGCUCCACCAACGGCUAUCUGCUGGUCACAGCCAAUGGGGGCCUCAACCAGAUGAGAGCUGCUAUCUGUGACAUGGUGGCUGUAGCACGCAUCAUGAAUGUCACCCUCGUGGUGCCAGAGCUCGACCACACCUCCUUCUGGGCGGACCCCAGUGAAUUUGAGGACAUAUUUGACUUGGAUCAUUUCAUCAACUCCCUCAAGAAGGACAUUCGCAUUGUGCGCCAGCUGCCCAAGCGCGUGCAACACAUCGAGCCCCUCGAGAAGUUCCCCGUCUCGUGGUCGCCGUUCUCCUAUUACCGAGAGGAUUUGCUCCCACGAGUGAAGAAGCACCGAGUGAUGCGCUUCCCCCUCACCGACUCUCGGCUCGCCAACAACGGCGUGCCCGACUCGAUCCAACGGCUGCGAUGCCGCGCCAACUACAAGUCGCUGCGCUACACGCCGUCGAUCUCGCGGAUUGCGGCGAAUCUGAUCUCGAGAUUGCAUGCAAGGGGCCCGUACAUUGCCCUGCACUUGAGAUACGAGAAGGACAUGCUGGCGUUCACAGGGUGCGACCAUGGGUUGCAGGCAUCAGAGAGGGAGGAAUUAAAGGCAAUGAGGCUCAACAACUCGCGGUGGAAGGAGAAGGAGAUUGACGGGGAGGCAAGGAGGACAGAGGGGGCGUGCCCGCUCACGCCAAGGGAGACGGCGCUGUUCCUGCGCGCCAUGGGGUAUCCGAAUACAACGCUCAUCUACGUGGCUGCUGGGGACAUCUACGGUUCCAAUGGCCUCGAGGACCUGACUCGCCUGUACCCAAACACGUACACACACAGCACGCUGGCAACAGCAGAGGAGCUGGCGAGCAUAGGCGCGUACCAGAACCGGCUGGCAGCUGUGGACUACACAGUGGCAGUGCAGAGCGAUGUGUUUGUGUACACGUAUGAGGGGAACAUGGCCCGUGCUGUGCAGGGGCACAGGCGGUUUGAAGGGCACAGGAAGACCAUUAUUCCCAACAGGGAAGCCAUCAUUCGGCAUAUUGACCAAUUAAAAUCACGGCAAAUCAGGUGGAAGGCGUUUAGGAGGCUCAUCAGGCAAGCGCACAAACAAGGAAUGGGAGCUCCUCAUAUGCGGGAGGUUGGCGAGAAUCCCAAGCUGGAGGAGAAUUUCUACGCGAAUCCUUUUCCUGGGUGCAUCUUCAUCAUGACGAGCAGCGGAGCAGAUGAGCGGUCAGGAUCCGAUACGUCCAGCAAUGCCGCGAACCAAACAACUGCGACCGUUCCAAAAGGAUCGUCGUACUUCACGGUCAACGAGAGAACGCCGCCAGCGAGCCCUGCGAGGGACGGGAAGACGAGUACCGCACUUGACGGCGAGGGGGGUAACGGUCACCGGGGCAGCUGGGGCUCCAUCAAGCCGUAUGUGCUGUCGGUGUCGCUACUGGCAUCCAUAUCGUCGGCUCUUCUCGGAUACGACAUUGGCGUCACCAGCGGAGCGCUCAUUUUCGUCGCAGAAGAUUUCGACCUCUCCCACGUGCAGCAGGAGAUUUUUGUCGGCAUCCUCAAUAUAGUCUCCCUCGUUGGCGCGUUAUCAGCCGGUAGACUUGCGGAUUUCGCGGGCCGUAGAUUCGCGAUGGGAGCAGCCGCCUCGAUUUUUAUCGCCGGAGCUCUGUGCAUGGCGUUAGCACCGACCUACGCUAUACUCGUUAUAGGUCGUGUCAUUACAGGCAUUGGUGUCGGUUUCGGCCUUUCUCUGCCUCCGCUUUUCAUUUCGGAAAUUUCUCCUCCCGGUCAGCGUGGCGGGCUGGUUUCUUUCGGAGAGCUUUUUAUCAACAUCGGCAUUGUGAUUGGCUUCCUGACGUCGUUUGUUCUUUCUGGGCUGCCCGUUGAUACCGCCUGGCGGUGGAUGCUGGGGCUGGGAGCCGUUCCGGGCCUGAUUCUUGCAGUAGGAGUUAUUUUCCUGCCCGAAUCCCCUCGCUGGCUGAUCAUGCACGGGCAGGUGAAAAAAGCCAAGGAUAUUCUCCUCACAAUAUCCGAUAGCAAAGAAGAGGCCCAUGAGCGGAUGUUAGAGAUUCUCGAGGCAGCAGGGCUGAAGGAGGAAGUUAUCAGCAAAGGCUCUGAAAUUCCCGCUUCCCGGGGCAGAAGCAAUUCUCGCGAGCGGCUAGGAGACAGCGGGGGCGAUGGUGCGGGAGAUACAGUGUAUGUGGACGAAGAGGAGCAGGAGAUCCACGUGAUACGGCCAAUGGAGGGAGCGGGUGGGACGGGGGUGUGGAAGGAGCUACUCUGGCCGACGCCGGCAGUGGGGAGAAUGCUGGUGGUGUGCGUGGGGACGAAUUUCCUGCAGCAGGCGGUGGGGAUUGACGCUGCUGUGUAUUACUCGCCUGUGGUGCUGCGGGAUGCGGGGGUGACGUCGACAAGGGCGUUGCUGGGAGCGACGCUGCUGAUGGGGGUGAUCAAGGUGUCUUUUGUGGGUAUUGCCACGUGCAUGUUGGAUCACUUUGGACGGAGGCCGUUGCUCCUAGCGUCCACCGCAGGCAUGACGGUUGCUCUCCUAACUCAAGCUCUGGCCUUUCUCAAGCUCCCAACCGCUGUUGACGCAGAUGUCUCAGCCACCGUCACCGCCUCCACAGGAGUCCCAGCCGCCGCCAUCGUUGCUUUCACUGGACUCUGCUUCUACGUCGCCUUUUUCUCCAUCGGCAUAGGCCCCAUCAACUGGCUGUACACUUCAGAGAUCUUCCCCCUGCGGCUGCGAGCGCAGGCAACUGGUAUUGGCACGGCUGUGAACAGGAUAGCAUCUGGCGUGGUCGCGAUGACUUUUCUGAGUCUUGCGGAUGCGACUGGUAGUCCUGCCGGGCCGUUUUUCAUGUUUGCUGGGAUGGGAGUGGUUGGGUUUGUGUUCUUUUAUUUCCUUGCGCCGGAGACAAGAGGGAAGAGCUUGGAGCAGAUAGUGAGGAUGUUUGAAAAGGGGACGUACGCAUGGGUGAAGGAGGCUCCGGAGGAGAUUCCGAGCGUGGGGUUGGCGGUGUAUGAUGGGAAUAAGAUGCAGCAAGGGUGGGGGGGGACGGAUUCGAGCCCCAGCAGGACACCACGGGAUGUGUGGUAG